GCGUUGGAAGAUGAGUGCAAAAAUCUUACCUAUUUUUUCAGCUUUAUUAGUUUUGUCAUAUUCCUCGACAUCUUAACAUGAUUGCACACACCCUUACUAGGUUGACUGUUAACAGUGAAGAAGUGGCAAGAGAAUCAAGAAUACAUAGCUACAAGAACAGCUUUAGUGGGUUCGUGGCUAAUUUGUUGCCCCACGAAGCACGCACUCUUUCUCAGAAAGAAAGGGUAAUAUCAGUGUUCCCAAACACAGUGAGGAAACUACUGACGACAAGAUCAUGGGACUUCGUAGGAAUGCCCACUACGGUCAAAAGAAACCAACAGACUGAAAGUAAUUUGAUUGUUGGUCUUCUUGACACAGGAAUAUGGGUUGACUCACCGAGUUUUAGUGACGCUGGAUAUGGGGCCCCACCCGCCAAAUGGAAAGGAAAAUGUGAGACUGGUGUUAACUUCACAAAAUGCAACAAUAAAGUGAUCGGAGCAAGAUACUUCAACCUGGAGGGCGGCGCACCGGACGACCAGGUGAGUCCGGCCGACUUUGACGGCCACGGCACUCACAUCGCAUCCAUCGCCGGCGGAGGGGUGGUGGAAGGAGCCAGCCUGUACGGACUGGCGAAAGGUACGGCGCGCGGCGGGGUGCCCUCCGCGCGCCUGGCUAGCUACAAAGUGUGCUGGGGACAAGGGUGCCAGGACAUGGACGUGCUGGCGGGGUUCGACGCCGCCAUUGCCGACGGCGUCGACAUCAUCUCCAUCUCCGUUAGCGGCACUCCGCGGCAGUUCUUCGAGGACCCCAUCGCUAUCGGGGCAUUCCAUGCCAUGAAGAGAGGGAUACUGACAUCUGCCGCCGGUGGGAACGAGGGGCCCACGUUCGGGACGGUCCAGAACGUGGCCCCCUGGAUCUUCACUGUGGCGGCUUCUAACAUUGACAGGCAAUUCGAGUCCGAGGUUAAGUUGGGAAAUGGAGACACAUUUUCCGGAGUUUCAAUCAACACAUUCAAAGAAGGCAAAAUGUAUCCAUUGAUUAGUGGAACCCUAGCGCGAGACAAGAAUGCAAGUUAUCCCGGUAAUUACAGUGCAUGUGAUUAUGGGAGCUUAAGUGAGAGCUUAGUGAAGGGAAAGAUAGUGUAUUGCCUUGGGAGUUCAUCUCAAGACUACAACGUCAAGGGCAUUAAUGGCACCGGAGUCAUCUCCGCCGACACACUGCCCGACACGCCUCUUCCUACCAUCAUCCCCGGCACUGUCGUCGACAUCAAUAGCGGUUUGAAGAUCGACCGUUACAUAAACUCUACCAAGUUCCCAACCGCUCUGAUAUCCCAAUCAAGAGCGGUUGUCGGCAACAUUACCGCACCGGUAGUUACUACUUUCUCCUCUCGAGGACCUAACCCUAUCAGCCUCAACAUCCUCAAGCCUGAUGUGGCGGCGCCGGGGUUGAGCAUUCUUGCGGCGUAUACGAAGUAUGCGACGAUGACGGGUCAACAGGAGGACAACAGGGUGGUGGAAUACAACAUAGAAUCGGGAACGUCCAUGUCGUGCCCCCACGUCGCAGGCGCAGCCGCCUACGUCAAAACCUUCCACCCUGACUGGUCCCCCGCGGCCAUUAAAUCUGCUUUGAUGACCACAGCAAGAGCAAUGAAGGUUAACCCGGUUGGAGCAUACCUAGCUUCCGGGUCAGGAGUGAUAAGGCCGGGCAAAGCAGUAAAUCCAGGGUUAAUAUAUGACAUAGACACAAACGCCUACAUAAGUUACCUCUGCAAAGAAGGGUUCAACUUCACGGCAAUGGACACCGUGACGGGCAACCGGAGCAACAGCUGCUCAAACUACCCCAAAGCGCAGGGGACAGACGGCCUUAACUACCCCACAAUGCACCUCCAGCUCACCACCUACGCCAACUCCUCCACCUUCUCCGCCGUUUUCUACCGGACGGUGACCUACGUGGGGUCCGGUCCGGCUGUGUUCAAGGCCACCGUGAAGUCGCCCCCGGGGGUUUUGAUCAGCGUGGUCCCAGACACGCUGUCGUUCCAGAAGACGAACGAGAAGAAGCCGUACCGGGUGGAGGUGAAGGGCCGGUUUCUCCGGGCGAACUCGUGGUACAGGGCGGGGUCCGUCGUGUGGAAGGGUCCCACCCAUUGUGUUAGGAGUCCCGUCCUUGUUUACCGCCCGUUGCCUCCUCCUUCUCCCAACUCGUGAGAUAUAUAGGACUUGAAUUCGGCUGAUGCUUUUUAAUUUAUGGGGGUUUGAAUUGAGUUGAGUUUUGUGUUGUUCGAUGGAUACUAUGAUGUUGUCAUCACUAUUUCUUUGGAUCAAUGAAUAACAUAAGUUACUUCUUUGUCUCUUCACUUCUUUCAUUAAUUACUCCAUCCGUCCCCCUAAGAUCUACUUAUUUUGACUUUUAGUGAUUUUUAAGGAGAGUUGAAAAAAAUUAAAGUUUACCAAAAUAUCCUUAAUGAAAAUGGGUGGGGUUA